CAGCAGCUUUGCGCACACACACACACACGCGCGCGCACACGCACACAAACACAGCUCCCUGAUGUCACGGUCGGGGGAGGGGCCUGCUUUUAUGUGUUUUCUUUCUCCACAGUGCAUCACUUCCUCAGCGCCUGCCUGUGGUGCGGUGGAGAGAGCAGCAGAGGCUGCAGCAGGGGGAAGGGAACCCAGCGAGAGGGAUCCAGAGCUCGGGGCUGCCGGACCCGGCUCAUGGCUCAGUCAGCCAGCGCUGUGGACCAGGAACCGGCCAGCAAGAGGCUCCACUCCAGGAUGGAGGCCUCUUGCCUGGAGCUGGCCCUGGAGGGCGAGAGGCUAUGCAAGGCUGGGGACUUCAAGGGGGGCACAGCCUUCUUUGAGGCUGCCGUCCAGGUGGGAACGGAAGACCUGAAGACCCUCAGUGCCAUCUACAGCCAACUGGGCAACGCUUAUUUCUACCUGAAGGAGUACGCCAAGGCCCUGGAGUACCACCGGCAUGACCUCACCCUGGCCAGGACGAUAGGGGACAGGAUCGGGGAGGGGAAGGCAAGCGGGAAUUUAGGGAACACCCUCAAGGUCCUGGGACGUUUCGACGAGGCGGUGGUGUGCUGCCAGCGACACCUGGACAUCUCUCAAGAGCAAGAUGACAAGGUGGGCGAGGCCAGGGCGCUGUAUAACAUGGGGAACGUGUUCCACGCCAAGGGCAAGCAGCAGGCAUGGGGCUGCACCCAGGGCCCCGGGGACCUGCCCUCAGAUGUCAGAGACACCCUGCAGAGGGCAACGGCGUUCUACGAGAUGAAUCUGUCCCUGGUCAAGGAGCUGGGGGACCGGGCAGCCCAGGGGAGGGCUUUCGGAAACCUGGGGAACACCCACUACCUGCUGGGAAACUUUGUGGAGGCCAUCAAAUUUCACAGGGAGCGACUCUCCAUCGCCAAGGAAUUCGGGGACAAGGCAGCCGAACGCAGAGCCUACAGUAACCUCGGCAACGCCCUGAUAUUUCUGGGACAGUUCAAUACUGCCACUGAAUAUUACAGGAAAACGUUGCAGCUGUCCCACCAGCUGAAGGACCAGGUGAUGGAGGCUCAGGCGUGUUUCAGCCUGGGGAACACCUACACCCUCCUGCAGCAGUACGACCGUGCCAUAGAUUACCACCUCAAACACCUGAUCAUAGCGCAGGAGCUUGCAGACAGGGUUGGGGAGGGCCGUGCCUGUUGGAGUCUGGGCAAUGCCUACGUGUCUCUGGGAAACCCCCGCCAGGCCCUGCACUAUGCUCGCAAGCACCUGGAAAUCUCCAGAGAGAUCGGGGACCGGAACGGGGAGCUGACAGCCCGAAUGAAUGUACAGCAGCUAAUGGAGACUCUGGGAAUGACGGAGGGUGACCUCUCCUCCUGCGGGUCAGAGUUCGAGAUGCAAGGAGCCAGACCAAAAUUCAGCCAAAGAAACAGUAUGGACAGCGUCGAUUUGUGGAAAUACCCUUCGGAAAAGAACGGAGACAGUCAGGAUAUGGAUGACCCAUCCAGAGGAACCAAGGACCACAUCUCCAGCCCGGUCAGAAGAAAGGGCCCAGCUGACAGCCACUCGUCAGAGGAGAGGCACUGGCUGGACUCUCCUCUGGACACUGAGGACAUUACAGUACAGGUGACCCCUCCGAAGCUAGGCCGGGACCCCUCGGACGAGGACUGCUUCUUCGACCUCCUGAGCAAGUUCCAGAGCAGCCGCAUGGAUGACCAGCGCUGCUGUUUCGAUGAGCAGCAGGAAGACCCCUGCUCGGUCUUGACCUCACCUCAGACGGAGGAGCUGUUCGAUCUGAUCGCCAGCUCUCAGAGUCGGCGUCUGGACGACCAGAGGGUCAGCGUGGGAAACCUGCCGGGUCUUCGUAUCACCCAGAACAACCUGGGCCACCUUUGGGGUGACAGUGACUCCCAGGAGCCUGGAGACGAUUUCUUCAACAUGCUCAUCAAGUGCCAGUCCUCCAGGAUUGAUGACCAGCGGUGCUCCCCGCCCGACCCAGGCCCCCGGGCCCCAACGGUACCAGACGAGGACUUCUUCAGCCUAAUCCAGCGGGUCCAGGCCAAACGCAUGGACGAGCAACGGGUCCACCUCCCCUCUGAGGACCAAGACGGGACCGACUCAGAUCCAGAACCUCCCUCUGGGGACUCCUAGAACCCUGCC